AUGGCAGCUUCGCCGUCGAAUACGGGACGAUGCGAUCAGUGUGAACAGUUCUUUGGCCAGCUCGAUCGCUACUGCGAUCCCGAUGAAGCGGUACAGGUUCGAUCGGCCAGGUUCAGACGCCUCGAGAAUGGCGAGAUGGUUGCUGAGGGUAACGAGUGCCAGCCUUGUGAGGAGCACCGUUGCGUGGCUUCCCGACCAGGUGCCCGAAUGCCCAAGGAAGGUUUCGAUGUUUCGGCCUACCAAGAGCAGCAGACGUAUGCUGACAAGUUUGCAGAAGCUUGGUGGCUCCCUCUCGACGUUUUCAUCACGGAAGCAGGUGGCAAUCCCUUGCAAUUGAAAACGCAGGAGAAAAAGAUCGAGUUUGCCUUGAAAGUUGGUGCGAAGCGCAUCAGCUGGGAUGAUGGCCAGCCCGGGGUCAUUCAAAACCUUUAUGCAGAUGGACGCAAGAAACUGCAUAUUGGUGUGAAGAGCGGAACAACGAAACGCCAGGAGGAUGCGGAUGCUGCCGGGAAUGCUGAUUUGUGCGAAGCAAACUUUGCGGCUGCGAUGGGAAGCCACUCGCUGCUUAUGCAGGGUUCUGCGGACAUCCAUCCUUCCAGGCUGGUGAAUCUCCCAGAGCCGUCAGACGUCGACUCUACCAUGGAGGCUGCCGAGGCUUCGGCAAGUCGCCCGGAUGAUCGCCGUGGGAUGAGUUUCGGAGUGUUUGAUGCUAUUCCUCACGAAGCGGAAGAGCUGACGAAAACAGCUCGAACGGCCGAAGCCAAGUCCAAGCGCCGCAGGAUGGGCCAGUCUGGAAAGAGUGCUGGUGUUUUGGAUGCACCGCUUCAGCUGCCAAACUUCGGCAACCUGUCGCAGCCGCCAUCGCAGCUGCUGCCGAGCGCUUUCAAGCAGCCAGGGGCAGUGGGAGCCGGAUCGAAUCGACCUUCUGGACAGGCCUCCCCGGGAGCGGCGCCGACCAAGAAGACUACUGAGCUCAUGCAGAAAGCCCAGGAAGCAUUCAAGAAGCACCAGGACACCUUCACUGACUUGGGCAUUUGGGGCAACAAGAUCCGCAAGAGAACCCUCGAGCAGACUGUGAAGAGCUUGUCGACUUUGUCAUCCCAGCUCCUCGCAGCCAAUCACGAACCAGCUACCGAAUUGAGCUGCGCGAUUUCCGCAUGGUGUGACUCUGCAGAGGCACGUCACACGUGCCUCACGAACAUCCGCGCAGCCCCCUUCAGCUACCUCAUGGAGCCGUGCACGGAGCUAUUGGAGCCAGUCCAGAUGCUGUCCAUCCCGAUGCUAUCCAACAUCAUCCUCUUCGUCGCGGCUGAGUGCUUGAAGCUUCUGGACAAGGAGGACAGAGAACACGACGGCAGCGCCAAGUUCUUCAAGCUCGCGAGCUGUUCCCGCCAGGACUUUCUCAAUGUGGGCAUUGUGUACUCCGCUGCAACGCAGCAGACACCGCAGAGCUCCCGAUCGGAUACUGGCACGCUUAACAGCGUGGCCGCGAAUUUGCAGAGCCAGUUGCUGUCCUUGUGGCUGGACAAAGUCGUGCGGUGCAAGACCGCUGAUCGCUUCCGCAUGAUGGUGGGCAUGUGCCCGGUUCCUCGCAUGGAGCUUCUCAGGCUUCCUUCGGAUUGGAAGCCAGCGCAAACGGACCUGGAUUGCACAGCGCUUGCUCAGUCCUACACCUCAGCUGCCAAGUUUGACAUGGCAGCGCUGAGGCUCAUGGCAACCUCAGACUGGAGCAAGGACCUUGUGGAGUGCGAUGGAGACAGCCAGCAAGCGGGCUAUCACCGCUGCCAGUGUGGAGAAGAAGACCGUGCUGCCUUUGUUGGUCGAGGACCCCGGCACGAUUCGGAGAGCCAGCAAUGGACUGGCAAUGGAUGUGAUGUGAUAAGCUGGAUGGAUAAGGCGGCCCAGAUCGGGGUCGACUGUGCCCUCAGCGCAAACGAAGAUUUGAAGGCAGUGCCGCAGACGGGAGAUAUUGAGAAGGACAAGAUCGACUCACUGCAGACAAGUAUCGCUGCCGUGGAGCAGUUGCUGAAGGAAGUCGGCUGGCGCGUGUUGCCAGACGCCUGCCGGGCGCUGCAGGCAGAGACCUUCUUCUUAGCAGAGCCGGCCCCGGAAGUUGUCCAGUUGGCCAACACAAAAGUUGCAGCCCUGGGCAAGUGGCUGCAGUUCUUUCAGGUCAGUCCACAAGCUGACCGCUUGCACGCGGUGAUCGGUGACUUGUUUGUGGACUUCUGCCACGUGCACAACCUUGCGAUGACCAUGGAGAAGAAGAUGACGGCUGAGGCUUUGGCAACGGCUGUCAAGAGUUUGCACAAGCUCAACGCCAAUCCCAAGAUUGGCGACCUCCGUGCUCUUUUGGCAGAGUACGAAGCCACUGGUCGAGACGCAUCGCGGGACGACGAGUCUGUGACAUCUUUGUUGGCAGCCGGACGGAAGCUGAUUGAGAUUUUCGAUGGCCCCCAGAGGCUUGUGAUCCAAGAGUCAUGGCUCAAGGCAAUGCUCCGCGACGGCAAACGUGCCGAUCUCGAGCUGUUGGACAGCACCGUGAUAUGUGUCUUGGACACCGCCGCCGGGGAGUUCUGGCGAGCUGUGCAAUGCGUGGGAGAGGCGUCUGAGCGAGAGGCCAAAUUCCUUCCAAACGAAGGAGAGAAGCUGGAUUUGUCCAAAGGCAAUCUGAAGGAUUUGGCCAUGUAUUGUGUGCAGCUUCAGACUGUCAGCGCUCCGGAGAUGCACCGACUCGGAUUGCCCGAUGUGGCCGACAAGCAGGCGGCUGCUCGAUCCCACCUCAAAGAUGCGUUCACGUCGCUUUGCGAGGAGGUUGCUGCCACGAGGGAGUCUUUGAGCAGCCCGUACACUUCCUUCAAGAACAUCCGUGCUGCCGUGCAAGAGUGGAAUGAGGACCAGAUUCGGCGUUUGCUGCCUAAUCCCGACGAGGAGGAGGCCGGCAUGGCCCGCACCGCAAUCCAGGAUUUGAUCGUUGGUUGCAAGCAGCUGCGUGAUCUGGAAGAAGCCUACUCGGUCCUUGAGGCUUGGGAACAGGACGCCAUUUACAAGCACGCUGAGGUUGAACCCUCGUGGAAGUCGCUGCGCGACAUGGUGAAGAAAGCCCCCACGGCUGUCGACAUCUUCCUCGUGGUCGCAUACAUCAUGGGCGCGGACAUUGCGAUGAGCAAGGUCCAAUCCAACACGCACCAGCAGGUCACGCAGUACUUCCAGUUCUGCAGCACUCAGCUGAAAGUGGCGAAGAAGGACUUGCCCAAAACCCUGACGGACAGGCUAGAUCAAGUGGUCAAGGAGCGAGUGGUUGAAAUUGAUAUCGACCGAUACAAUAAGCUGAGGGUUUAG